GAAUGACUAAGAACUAAAAUGUAAUAUAAACAGAAGUGUGCGAUAUAAAAUAUCACUCACAUGCGAGUAUACAGAUAAGCUAGGCAUCAUGGAAAUGAGAGACAGAGUUCCUUCAGCCUCUAAGAGAGAAUGUAUGAACUCAAAAGAUGCGAAACCAAAUAGAAAACUUAGCUGUCCUGCCACCACCAAUACCCCCCAAAACGCCGAUUAUUCUUGUCGACGCACUCUAAUCGAAAGUCAACAGGGUAAAAGAAAAUCACGUUCUGUGGCACUUCUGCGUGCCACAAAAAGCAAGGUCUCGAAAUUUUUCAUAGCGAGCAUUGGUGGUCCCGGGGAUAUUUUCAAUUACGAGCCAACCCUGAUACGCUCAGAACCGAGUCCUGAUUCGUCUUCAAAUGAAGUUUAUGAUAAGCAACCCAACAAUGUCCCUGAUGUUUCCUUUCGACGCGAAUAUGCACAUUCAUCUACACCGAAUCUCCAUAGGGAUAAAAGGUUAAAGCCGGCUGCAAGUCGGGUUCACACAAUGAUGCCACGAGGUAAUCUACGGUCAACCCUGUCCGCACCAAUAAGAGAAUCAGUGUCGAUUCCGAACAGCAGCCCAUGCGCAGAAUGUGCAUCAAAAUCUUUCUCGCGUACCGGCAGUGGACCGCCCGCAGUCAGUGAACGAUUCUAUCACAAUGACAAGCAUCCACAAGCGUGGUCGCCAAAGCUAAGGUCUGCACUUUUUCGCCAAUUGUCUAUUCCGAGCACCCCGCCAACAAUUGACAAAGUAACGGAAGUGGCGGAUGCGCUUGAAAUGGAAUUUGAGAAUGUUACACCUAGACCACGAAGCUGGUCUCUCCCCAACAAAAUGGUACAGAGAACGAAAAUUGAUCGAAAUUUCUCAGACGGAAGCGUGAUGCGUGUUCCGCAAGAUUGGUGUGUAGAAGGCUUUGAAAGAACAACAUCGCGAUCGAUGUCAAUUGAGCCAAAACUGGAAUCGUGCAGGGAAUCGCACGAAGCAGAUAUCAUAGAAGAAUCACCUGAUACUGGAGAAAUUGAGAAGGAAAUGGCCUCGCUAAAAAUUGACACAUUUGCAAGCGAAAAUGGGUGAUGUCAAGCCACAAAAUUAGUACAAUUAAACAUCUACUAGAAUUUUAGCAUUUAAGACCGUAAUUCUGCCGUGAUAUUUAAUUGUACCAUCUAGGUUCGUAAGCUAGCUAUCGCAAGAUUAAGUAGCUAAUUUGAGUCGGACAUGACUGGCACUUAAUUUGUAGUCCUCAUACCUCAUAUUUCACAAUUAAGACAACUACUGCAGUACAAUACGCUACAUACAUAGAGUGUUCUAAAUAGAAACCUGUUUGGAGAAAAACAAUAACGCUGAAUUAUAUCGUAACACCCUGGUGUAUGCAAUGCUCAAUUUCGAAAAACAUGGUUAAUUCAGCAUAAGAACGAGUUGGUGUUCAUUGGUAAAAUCUCAAAGAAACAAGUUCUUCUAAAAUGUGUUUGGAAUCCAUACGUUCUGCUGACAAGUUUCAUUAGAGUGAGCUACACAGCUCGAGCUUGAAGAAUCUGUCUUUCUUGAAGCGAACAAGCAAUUAAUAUAAUAAAAAUAAUAAAAC